CUCCCACUUCAGUCUUGGUUUGGUGUAUCCAUCUGCUGGUUUCACCCCUUGCAGGGAGGGGGGCCUGAGCUGCGCAUUGGGGUGUUUGCCUUGUUUAAGGGAAGCGGAGUGAGGUGGAGUGAGGUGGGGUGCCCCGGAAGGCACUGGACUUGAGAGACUGACGAUUGACUUUGUACACAGAGUCCUACUUAGUAACUGGAACCAUUGUCUGUUGCUGCGAUGACUUGAGUUGGCAGUUACCAUCCUGUAAGAUGUUUUGUGGGCAGUGUUACCUGAAGUAGUUUGAAAAUGUAGCUGAGUGUCAGAAGGUGUUAUCAAGAGAUGAUGAUGCUUAGAGGAGGGCACAUGUGGUACAAUUGGGUACUAAAUGCAGUCAAGACAUUAACACCAUUUGUGCAGUAAUCAUCAGAUAAUUUUCUAUGAAACAUGUUUUAUGAAAAUCUAAGUUUAGCCUAGAGACCAUUGUAGAGACAAUUCAGCCUUCUUUCAUAGGCAAUAAGUUCACAAAUAUGGGCUUUAGCUCUUAAAAGUACAUGGCAGUUAUAUAAGAGAUGUAUGCUAUCCUUGGCUUUUUUUUUUUUAAAUCAUUCAGCAUAAAAAGUACUUAAUGCUUUUUGUGUUUUUCAGAUUCUCUGAAGUUACACCCAUCCCAGAAUUUUCAUAGAGCUGGACUAUUGGAAGAAUCUGUCUAUGAUCUUCUCCCAAAGGAGUUACAGUUACCUCCAUCUAGAGAAACAACUGUAGCAUCAAUGAGUCAAACAAGUGGUGGUGAGGCAGGCUCGCCUCCUCCAGCUGUAGUUGCUGCUGAUGCUUCUUCAGCUCCCUCCUCUUCCUCCAUGGGCGGUGCUUGCAGCUCCUUUACCACCUCUUCCAGCCCUACCAUUUAUUCUACCUCAGUCACCGACAGCAAGGCUAUGCAAGUGGAGAGCUGCUCCUCAGCCUUGGGGGUAAGUAACAGAGGGGUAAGUGAAAAGCAGUUAACCAGUAACACAGUCCAGCAGCAUCCAUCAACACCGAAGAGGCACACAGUCUUGUACAUCUCACCACCACCUGAGGACUUGCUGGAUAACAGUCGGAUGUCCUGCCAGGAUGAGGGGUGUGGAUUGGAAUCUGAGCAGAGCUGCAGUAUGUGGAUGGAGGAUUCCCCCUCCAACUUCAGUAACAUGAGCACCAGUUCCUACAAUGAUAAUACUGAGGUACCUCGUAAAUCACGAAAACGAAAUCCAAAGCAGAGGCCGGGGGUCAAACGACGAGAUUGUGAAGAAUCUAAUAUGGAUAUAUUUGAUGCCGACAGUGCCAAAGCACCUCAUUAUGUGCUUUCUCAGCUUACCACGGACAACAAAGGCAACUCAAAAGCAGGAAAUGGCACCUACUCUUUAAGGAAUUGUACAAGAUUCAGGGAAUAUGAAAAUGAUUCAACACUACUUGUCCACAAAACUCUUCUUAUCCAAACAUUGGAAAACCAAAAAGGAACUGGAGUAAAAAAAAGCCCUAUGUUGAGUGGACAGUAUCCUGUUAAAAGUGAGGGAAAAGAGCUGAAGAUACUUAUACAACCUGAGACCCAGCAUAGAGCUCGGUACCUGACUGAAGGUAGCCGUGGCUCAGUCAAGGAUAGAACACAGCAAGGCUUUCCUACAGUAAAGCUGGAAGGCCAUAAUGAGCCAGUAGUGUUGCAAGUGUUUGUGGGUAAUGACUCUGGUCGAGUGAAACCACAUGGAUUUUAUCAGGCCUGCAGGGUAACUGGGCGAAAUACAACUCCCUGCAAAGAAGUGGACAUUGAAGGCACUACUGUUAUAGAAGUUGGCCUUGAUCCGAACAACAACAUGACACUAGCGGUGGACUGCGUAGGGAUAUUGAAAUUGAGAAAUGCUGAUGUUGAAGCCAGAAUAGGAAUUGCUGGUUCCAAGAAAAAAAGCACUCGUGCCAGAUUGGUUUUUCGAGUUAAUAUCACAAGGAAAGAUGGCUCCACUUUGACACUGCAGACACCCUCUUCUCCGAUUUUAUGUACUCAGCCAGCAGGAGUGCCAGAAAUCUUAAAGAAAAGUUUGCAUAGCUGUUCAGUGAAAGGAGAGGAAGAAGUAUUUUUAAUUGGCAAGAACUUUCUGAAAGGAACUAAAGUGAUUUUCCAAGAAAAUGUUUCUGAUGAAAACUCUUGGAAGUCAGAAGCUGAAAUCGACAUGGAAUUAUUUCAUCAGAAUCAUCUUAUUGUAAAGGUUCCCCCAUAUCAUGACCAACAUAUAACUUUGCCAGUAUCAGUGGGAAUAUAUGUAGUGACCAAUGCUGGAAGAUCUCAUGAUGUUCAACCAUUCACUUACACUCCAGACCCAGCAGCAGCUGGUGCUUUGAAUGUAAAUGUGAAGAAGGAAAUAUCUAGUCCAGCAAGACCUUGCUCUUUUGAAGAGGCCAUGAAAGCUAUAAAGACUACUGGAUGUAAUUUAGAUAAGGUAAAUAUUCUUCCUAAUGCUCUGAUCACUCCACUCAUAUCAAGCAGUAUGAUUAAGAGUGAAGAUGUUACUCCAAUGGAAGUGACAGCAGAAAAAAGAUCUCCUAUUUUUAAGACUACAAAGACAGUUGGAUCAACUCAACAAACAUUAGAAAAUAUCUCUAACAUGACAGGAAAUGGCUCUUUUUCAUCAUCAUCAUCUUCUCACUUACCCUCUGAAAAUGAAAAGCAGCAGCAGAUUCAGCCCAAGGCAUACAAUCCAGAAACCCUGACAACUAUCCAAACACAGGACAUUUCACAGCCUGGUACCUUUCCAACAGUUUCUGCUUCUAGUCAGCUGCCUAACAGUGAUGCACUACUGCAGCAGGCCACACAGUUUCAGACAAGAGAAACUCAAUCUAGAGAGGUAUUACAGUCAGAUGGAACUGUGAUUAAUUUGUCACACCUGACUGAGGCAUCACAGCAACAGCAGCAGUCACCACUACAAGAACAAGCACAGACUUUACAGCAGCAGAUUUCAUCAAGUAUGUUCCCAUCACCAAGUAGUGUGAGUCAGAUACAGAACACGAUUCAGCAGUUGCAAGCUGGAAGUUUUAGCGGCAGUACUGCUAGUGGCAGCAGUGGAAAUGUUGACUUGGUUUUAGAGGCACAACAAGUUUUAGAGGCACAACAAGUUUUAGAGGCACAACAACAGUUAUCUUCAGUUUUGUUUUCUACUCCAGAUGGUAAUGAGAAUGUUCAAGAACAGCUUAGUGCAGACAUUUUUCAACAAGUCAGUCAAAUUCAAAAUAGUGUAAGCCCUGGAAUGUUUUCCCCAACAGAGCCAGCAGUCCAUACCAGACCAGAUAAUUUAAUAGCUGGAAGAGCUGAAAGUGUUCACUCACAGACUGAAAACACAUUAUCUAAUCAACAGCAGCAGCAACAGCAACAGCAGGUGAUGGAAUCAUCAGCUGCAAUGGUGAUGGAGAUGCAACAGAGUAUCUGCCAGGCUCAGAUUCAGUCGGAAUUAUUUCCUUCAACUGCUUCAGCAAAUGGAAAUCUUCAGCAAUCUCCAGUUUACCAGCAGACUUCUCAUAUGAUGAGUGCAUUACCUACCAGUGAAGACAUGCAAAUGCAAUGUGAAUUGUUUUCUUCUCCUCCUGCAGUUUCUGGAAGUGAAACUAAUACAACCACCACACAGCAGGUUGCAACCCCUGGCACUACCAUGUUUCAAACGUCAAGUUCAGGAGAUGGAGAGGAAACAGGCACACAAGCAAAACAGAUGCAGAACAGUGUCUUUCAGACCAUUGUCCAAAUGCAACAUAGUGGGGACAGUCAACCUCAAGUUAACCUUUUUUCAUCUACAAAAAGUAUGAUGAGUGUUCAAAAUAGUGGUGCCCAGCAACAAGGUAAUGGUUUAUUCCAGCAAGGUAAUGAGAUGAUGUCACUCCAAUCUGGGAAUUUUUUGCAGCAGCCUUCUCAUUCACAGGCUCAGCUUUUUCAUCCUCAAAAUCCUAUUGCUGAUGCUCAGAACCUUUCCCAGGAAACUCAAGGCUCUAUUUUUCACAGCCCAAGUCCUAUUGUUCACAGUCAGACUUCUACAACCUCCACCGAACAGAUGCAGCCUCCAAUGUUUCACUCUCAAAGUACCAUGGCUGUGCUACAGGGCUCUAAUGUUCCUCAAGAUCAGCAGUCAGCCAACAUAUUUCUUUCUCAAAGUCCAAUGAAUAAUCUUCAAGCUAAUGCAGUAGCCCAGGAAGAACAGAUUUCAUUUUUUGCAGCUCAGAACUCAAUUUCUCCACUUCAGUCAACGUCAAACACUGAGCAGCAAACUGCUUUCCAACAGCAGCCUCCAAUGUCACACAUUCAGACCCCCAUGCUUUCUCAAGAACAGGCACAACCCUCCCAGCAAGGUCUGUUUCAGCCUCAGGUAUCCCUGGGCUCCCUUCCUCCUAAUCCAAUGCCUCAAAACCAACAAGGGACAAUCUUCCAGGCACAGCACUCAAUAGUUGCCAUCCAGAGUAAUUCCCCAUCCCAGGAGCAGCAGCAGCAGCAACAGCAGCAGCAACAGCAGCAGCAACAGCAGCAACAACAACAGAGUAUUUUAUUCAGUAAUCAGAAUACCAUGGCUACAAUGGCAUCUCAAAAACCACCACCACCAAACAUGAUAUUCAACCCAAGUCAAAAUCCAAUGGCUAAUCAGGAGCAACAGAACCAGUCAAUUUUUCACCAACAAAAUAAUAUGGCCACAAUGAAUCAAGAGCAACAACAGCCCAUGCAAUUUCAGAACCAGCCCACAGUUUCCUCACUUCAAAACCCAGGUCCUACCCAGUCUGAAUCGUCACAGACUUCCUUGUUCCAUAGCUCUCCUCAGAUGCAGCUGGUCCAGGGGUCACCCAGUUCUCAAGAGCAGCAAGUAACUCUCUUCCUCUCUCCAGCAUCCAUGUCUGCAUUGCAGACCAGUAUAAACCAACAAGAGAUGCAACAGUCUCCUCUUUAUUCCCCUCAGAACAACAUGCCUGGAAUUCAAGGAGCCACAUCUUCACCUCAACCACAGGCUACUUUAUUUCACAACACUACAGGAGGCACAAUGAACCAACUACAAAAUUCCCCUGGCUCAUCUCAGCAGACUUCAGGAAUGUUCUUAUUUGGCAUUCAAAAUAACUGUAAUCAGCUUUUAACUUCUGGACCAGCUGCAUUGCCCGAUCAGUUGAUGGCCAUAAGUCAGCCAGGCCAACCACAAAACGAGGGCCAGCCACCUGUGACAACACUUCUUUCUCAGCAAAUGCCAGAGAAUUCUCCACUGGCAUCCUCUAUGAACACCAACCAGAACAUUGAAAAGAUUGAUUUGCUUGUUUCAUUGCAAAACCAAGGGAACAACAUGACUGGCUCCUUUUAACUGGAUAUAAAUUCCAUGAAGAAAAUCCUGAUUCCAAGAUGUCCUGAGAUCUUGUGAUUCCAUGAGGAUUAUUGAACUGUUACUUUAAAAACAAAAUGAAAUAUGAAAAACUAUGAUGGAGUAAAUGGAUAGAUUUUACUCUGGCGGCAAAUGAGCACACCUAUGCUGCCUGUUGCAGUGACUAGCCACCAUCGUUAACAUGUUCAGAUUUUGUAUUCCUAAUAGCACUGAUGACUGAGAAUCUGCUUGAGUUUCAAGCUGACAGAUUUAAUUGUUGCUAUUUUCCUAGGAGCUAUUUCUUUAAAAGUACAGUUUAAAUUUAAAAGCUGGACUGCUCAGUUAUUAUUGCUAUUAGAAAAUAACCCAUAUUGUCAUGUUUACUUUUGUUCUUUGUCAUUUUCUUUCCUGCAUUGUUUUAGUCAAAUAACAGCUUUUGAAAAAGGAAAAUUCAAAUAAUAACUAAGGCUGUGAUUUUUCAAUAUAAAAAGCACAGCUAUUGGCCAAAGUGAAGGAAUCCUUUUUCAGUUUUUAUAGAAAACUGGAGAGAUAGCAUUCUGACAAGUAAGCUGUAUUAAGAGCUUUACACAGAGAAGAGGCUUCUUUAUCACAAAGGCAGACAACACACAACUGGGAACAGCUGGAGUGCUAUUGAUUUUAUUUUUCAGAUUGUUCUUUAAUUCUCUGUAUUUCUGAUAAGGAGUUCAGCCAUAAGUACAUAGAAGAAUAAUUAUCUUGCUCUUUAAAAAGUGAAGGGGAUAAUAUUAUGGUAAAUUAUAUUCUGAUAUCCUCUUGCAGUAGUUUAAAUUGACACAGCAAUUUAAAUCUGUUUUCUUAACCCAGUCUUGGGCUGGUUGUUCCCUUUUUAUAUUCAUCUAUAUUAUUCCCUUCCUUUUCACUUUAUUUUAAAAAAUUGGUAAUAUAUUCCUAGCUUUGUGACCCUGUAGCAUCUUAAGGAAAAGGCCACUUUGAUCUGGGGUAACCCAACAAGUCCUGCAGCACAGGUGGGAGGUGUAAGGAGAGCUGAUUUUCAGGAAUGAGGAGAGCUGAUUCCUGAGAAACAAAAAACAAUGCAUUUUUCUCCGUGAACGGUGCUGUUCUGAAGUCUUCAAAUUUUUCCCUCUAAUGGGAAACAGUAUAAAUUUUAAUUUUUAAAAGGCAAAGUAAAAUUUCUUGAAGCAUAACUUCUCCAUGAGCUGCAGUGAGUGUAAUUUACUUGUCACCUUAGUGCUUUACAGAUUGAAGUGGUCACUAUCUGAUGGUUCCCACAAGCCUUAGGCUUUACAGGGUCAUGUCAUUGACUUAAAAUGAAGAAUUAACUUGUGUUUCAUCUAUAGAGAGCAAAAUAACACACUCCAGAACUUGUAGUUGUAGCAGUUAUACAGUUUUGGGUGUUCUUACCACCCAUGGGAUGCUUGCUUCUCAUUACAACCUGUUGUCUAGACACAUGCUUAUGUCUUAUUUUUCUUUUGGCAUGUAGAAAGCUGUUAAUACAGUUUAAGGCCAAAUUGUGUGUGGCUUCUAUAUGUAGAUAAGAUGUUUUGGUAUCUUGUCAGUUUCAUUUAUUUUUUUAAGUGUACAAAAAAUAGCCUGUUGAUGGUUUGUUGAAGGCUAUUUUUCUAUUUGGUUUGUUGUUGUUGUUAUUGUUUUCUAUCCUAUACAUUUAGUUAAACUUAGUGGAAGUGUGGUCUUGGUUUUGUUUAUACAGCCAGUUUUUUCCCCUUUUUUUUGUGAUCUUCCUUGGUUCUUUGAAUGUGCUCUUCUUCUAAUUUGUUUUUUUUUUUCUUACUCAUAUAUUCUUCCCAUCACCCCCAACCUUACUUUCUCUCUCUGAUUGAGAGGCAUUGAAUUACGUUUUCAGUAGUACAGGCUUCUUGCCGAUAUGAAGGGAACUUUUCAGAAAGAGACCUACUCUGGGUCAUUUAAUUUUGAAUACAGUUUUCAAUCGUUCAAGUUUUGGAUGGUUUAUAUCUAAUGUGUGUUUCAUUUUUUUGGAAAGCUAUAUUUUGUAUUUAGGAAAUGGUAUACUAUUUUGCUAUUUGUACUGAGUGAGUACAUUGGCAUAAAUAUAGAAAUUUAUAUAUAUACAUAUAUAUAAACUAUUCUUUUUUGCCACACAUUUUUGUGGUAAAUUUGUGAGUUAGUCUGAUGUUCUACCACAACGUGGCGUCUGAUAACAGUGAGGGGGGGUUUGUUAUGUCUUUAUUGACUAUUUAAGUAUCUUUUGAAACAAAUGACCUGUUUAUCUGUGGCCAUUCCAUCAGGCAGUUCUUUGAUGUUCCUAGUGGGCUAAAGGCAGCUUACUGUGUGUUUGCUGGAUAUUUUACUCAGCAAAAUGUUAGAGUAAGGAAACCCAUCUAGGCAGUUGUGUCAAAUGGUGUUUCACGAGAAUGAGCCAUUCAGUCUUUGCUCACUAUAUAUUUAAUAUUUUAUUAUUGUUAUUAUUAUUAUUAAUUGGCCUUCUGUGUUCUAUGCUUUUUUAUUUAUAAAGACACUAAAAAUGUUUGUAAUUUUAAUAACAUUUUCCCCACCUUGUAAUAUCCAGAGCUACUUUAUAAAUUCUCUGAACUGAAAGCAUUUUCCUCAAUAUAUCUCUUCUCCCCCCAUCACUAUCGAGAAAAAUUACUCAAUAUAGUUCAGGUUAUGAGAAAGACCAGCCACACAAUCCAGUGCUUCAGUUUUAAAAUGUAAAACUCCAACUGCAGAGGGUUAACAAAUGCCAGAAAGCUUAUCCAGCAAGUAUAAAAAUAAGAAGUAGAAAUAAAAUACUGUAAGUUUAUUUCUGAGUUUUCUGAAUUUUUUUCUAAGAGAUUAAACAGGAGACUCAGGAAGUCUAUUUGUUCACCAAAUUCUAAUUAGAAUGUUAACAUUGCUCUAUGGAUGAAGUGGUGGCAAGAAGACUGGCUGUGUGCUGAUUUCUGUUGUUUAGCAAGAGGUUUAUCAUUGUAAAAUGCUGAUUGCCAAUGCCAAGUCACCAGGGACCAAUUUUCUGUUUUAUAAUAUCUAAGUUUAGAACAGAACAUACACCUGAAUGGUUUGAUUGGACAGAGGCAGAAAACCCAGUUUUUAUUUUCAUAAAAUUUGUGGUUAUUUAUACAAGGGCUGUGCUAUGCUACCAUAUUCUUAUUCAAUAAUGAUGUUGUGUGUUUUUUUUAACAUUAUCAAAUGUUCCUUAUCCCUAAAGGUCAAUGUUAGGUACAGCAUUCUGAAUAUACAAUUUGGUUACAAAAAUAUUUAUCUUCUUAUUGAAGAGUUAGCUUAGUGGUCAGUGGUUGAUACUUGUGCUAAUAAUACAGUUUCCAGAUUACUGUUACAAGUUAUUUAUGGCAGAAGGUCCUAAAUAAGUUAUGAACCACAUUUUAGUCCUUUGUUGUUAUUAUAUUCAAUUGUUCUUGCUUUAGCAACUCACAUUAAUGCUUGGAGCUUAUCUCUGUGUCUGUGUUAGUGUUUGUGUGUGUUGUAUUCCUUAUUGUCAUUCCAUUAUAUAUCCACACCAACAUGGGAGAAGAUAAUUAGAAGUCAUAAUUUUGCUUCUGAGCUUUAUCAUGUUACCUUUGUAGUUAGAGUCAUGUUUUUAUUUAGCCAAUGCAAAUCUGUUUUCACCAGUCUCCCUAGAACAGGUUUUUUUAGAGGACUUUGUUUGUUAUAGAUGCAGUAUUAAUGAGGGACCUUCCUUCCUUUUUUCCCUUCCUUCCUUUCUUUUUUCCUUUCCUCUCCUUCUCUUCCUCCUCUUUCUCCUCCCCUCCCCCUCCUCCCUCUUGUCCUCCCCCCCCCCCCCUCCUUCUCUUCCUUUUUGUAAUACUGUAUAUGCUAUAGUUGGGAGUUUCAUUAUAUGUGCAUUUCUGGCCCAUCAGAACUUCAUUUAAUCUGCUAAGGGGAAGUAGUGUCCAAGGAAAUGAGAAAGUAGUUAUAGCUGAGUCCCUCUAGAAUUAAGAUAGUUCCUUUUGACUUUUUAAGCCAUUCUAGAUGCUUGUUUUGGAAAAGUAAUAUCUGUUUAGACUCAGCACUAAUUAAAGAACAGAAUUAAAUGCUUUAAUUAAUAAAUCAAAGUCUCAAAUUCAAUAUGACUUAAAAAUAUUCACCAGAAGUAACUUGAGAAUUUUUCAUCUUUCUGGUGAAAUUUUCUGUUCUAAUAUCUGUUUCCUAGUUGAUUUUUUUAAUCAGUUGAAAAUUAUAUUAAGAUCUGUGAGCUUUACUUAGCUUCAUGACCACAGGCUGCAUCCCUAACCAAGACAACCAUGUUAUAGCUGAAUGACUUUGGUUAUAUGCAGGGAGGGACUUAAUGAAAGAAAGAGACUGAAUAGUUCAGCAGCUUUAUUAGAAUAAUAACUCAGAGAAUAUACCCUACUAAGUGGUUUAGUAAAAUCUAAUAACAUGUAUAAAAAGGUUAUCUCCUCUGCUUAUUUGUAUCAGUAGAGCUAAAUUGUGGAGAUAAUGUUCAUAAUGUAGUAAAUGUCAAAAUAAUACCUACAAUGUAAUUUGUGAAUUGUCCCAGGGCUGUAAUUACUUCUUUAGUCCCCAUUGAUUUUCAUGCCAUUCUAGCCUCACUUAUUAAUAAAAUUAUAUUUUUAUUCUACUUUCUCUUUUGGACAUUUUAAAAUUAAUAUUUUAUAUCUAAAUUAAAUGAAAGAGUGCCUUUUACCAUGAUAGUGCCCCUCUUUUUGUAGUUUCCUUUUUCACUAUUGCCAAAAAUACAUACAUUAUUUUAAUAGGUCCCAGUUUGAACUUUUCCACUUAGUCAUUCUCUUUUCUUCAUUUCUUUCUUUUCUUUUUGAAGAUCUACUUGGAUUUAUUAAGCAAUUCAUGAAUUGGGCAGCAUCCCAUCUAGCAACCAGAAGGGCACUAUAAGGGGUUGUGCCAAAUAGAAGAUUUUUAUAGCUCUUUUUCUUAAUCAUCACAGGAAACAACUUCAUAAGUUUCUAACUCCUUUUUGCAUAAGAGUAACAUAAAAGAUACAUUAUCAGAAUCAUUCCUCUGAGGGAGGGUAAGUAAAAGAUUACAGAAUUAUACUAUUUAGGUUUUAUACAAAUUAACUAAAUUUGUCUUCAUCUCAGCCAACUAAUGAUAGAUCUUACCUGAAUGCUAAUGAAAAUUUUACUACCUAUGAGACUCCAUGCAUACAAAUGUGUGUGUAGUUAAAUUUCAGGAAGUGUUCAAAGCAUCUUCUGUGAUCUUAAUUAGAUGAGUGAAAAUAAGUCAUAAACACUUAGUUUAAAUAAAAUGUGAUAAUGUCAGUUUUUCUAACUAGACAGGGCCAAGUAAUUAAUUAUAGUGCACUUCUUGCUCAUCAGAGCCUUAAUAAUCUACCUAUGAAAAAUAGUGUUAAAAGAAAUGAAGAAGUUAUAUCUGAGUCUCUCCAGAUCUAAGAUCUGAAUUGAGUAUUUCUCUAGUUUUUGUUAAUUUUGCCUAUGUUCCAUCCAGCUCCUUAACACGGUGGUGGUGCCUGAAGAAAGGACCAUCAGCAACAGGUCAGGAUAGAAUUAGCUUUGGGAUGAGCUGCUUUCCUCAUGUGAGUAUUUCCAUGGUUGUUAGUGACACUGAUGACUGCAAACAUUUAUGCAAUAUUCCUAAUACCCUAUUGAUAUUAUGCACUUUAAUCAUUCCAAAGAAGUCAAGGAUGCUGUAUAGUAAUGAUUCCUUCUUAAUGAAUACAUCUUAACCAUUUAGAAUGUUUAUGUCCCUUUUUAUUUUGGACAGUAAGUUAAUAUAAGUGUUAUGUGAAUAUUUUCUAAAAUGACUAUAGUAGGACUUAGACUUUGAAAUGUAAUUGACUAUAAGGGGAAAUGAUUACACUUCAGGAAAUCAUUUUAGCUUGCUAAUCUAUAUGUUUGAGAGUUAAUUAAACCCAGCCCUCUUCCUAUAUAUUUUAUGUCAUGUACAUAAGAACAUUACAGUAUAUAGUUUUCUACAUAUAUGUAUAAUCCAGUGGUUCUCAAAAUAUGUCCUUAGCCUACCAGCUAACAUGAGUAUCGCCUAAGAACUAGUUAGAAAUACAAAUUCUUAAGGCCUAUCCCAGACACACUGAAUCAGAAACUCUGGAGUGGGGCUCAGCAGCCUGUGUUUUAACACCCUCCAGGUGAUUCUGGUGCAUGGGUCAAGUUUGAAAAUUACUGGUAUAAACUAUUUACAAUAAGAUCUAAAAAGCUGUUUUUUUCCCUACUCAUAUAGAUAGUUAUACUUUGUUCUCUAAGUAAAUUCAGCCUGAUCUGGUUAUUCAUAAUCCUUUAUUGGCAAUGAUAACUUAUUCUCCAUACUGCUUAUAGUAUAUUUUAUGUAUAUAUACAAUUAGUCUAGUUAUUGAUAAUUCAGUUAACUUAGUUGGGCAUAUUCCUACCACUUACUAAAAAGUUUACAUUAAGUGACUGAUUUAAAGAUAUAGGUGCAAUGUUUUAUAUUUCUUUUAAUUGUUAUGACAUUUAAGUAGCUAAUAUAAUUGACAGGUGCUAAAUUAUUCUGUUUAUGCAUAAAAUGGGUACAUUGUGGGCAGUGAUAAUACAAGCUUUUUUUUCAUUGCCUCUUAUUUUACCAGCAGACAACAAUUUUGGUGUGGCUAGGCCAACUCUCAGAACAAAUUUGUCAUUCCUAUAUUUAUAUUUGUAUCUGAGAUAUUAAACAAGAUGGCUGGCCAGAUCAACAAAGCACCUUAUUUAAUUUCUUUUUUUGAAUACAUGAAACUUCUUUAAAAGUAGCUUGCUUAGUAUGAGAACUGCUGCAGUAGAGUUACAGCUAUCCUUGGAAUUUAUACUUCAGACAACGAUUUACUAAAAUCUUAAACAAGACAGUAAUGCAUUAUAUAAUUUGGGCAUUUCUCCCUUGUCAAUGUAUGCACCAUGGUAAAUAUAAACUAACCACCAUAAGUCAAGUGAUUUAUUCAUUCAUUUUCAUCUUCCUGUGUAAUUUAAUACCUCUGUAAUUGUUCUACUCUUCCUCCCGCUGUUUACAAAUCAAUUAACUCAUGAAAGAAAAAUGCACAUUUCAAAAUAAAACUAAUUAUAUACUCUAUAAAAAUCACCACUGCUUAAUACUAGCAGUGGAAAUGUAAGUGGCUUACUCUACAAACUAUGGUGCUGGAAAAUACAUAGGCAAACUGUUGGGAGAUGCUCUCUAGCUACAUUCCUCCUUUCUUGUUCCCUUUCCUCUCUCUCCCCCACUUGAUUGCAUAAUAGUAUUCUGUACCCAAAACACUCUACCAUAAUUCUGUUUGACUUUAACUUGUAAUAUCUCUUCUAAAAGCCCAUAUUUAAGCCUCAUAUCACCCCUGCUCUUUUCUUCCUCAGAAGUAAUUUGCCUGAUUUGAAUAGCUCAUGGGGAUCACUUGUUAUUUUAGCUAAUGAACCUCAGGACAGCACACACACACAUACACACACACACCCCAUCUCAGAUGUUUGAGAAUGGGAUUGGAAUCAGACUAAUGUGUCCAGUAAAGAGCUGUCCACUGAAGUGAUUAUGACUUUAGGGACGACAAACUGAUUCCAAUGACAUUCAGCUAAUUCUUUUCAUCUAAUGAAUGUAUCUUCUCACCUUGUUCUCUUAUUUCUAAUUGAUAAGCUCCAAGUAGUUGCUAAUUUUUUGACAACUUUUACUUCGUCUUUUAAAUAAAUAUAUUACAAGUAUUUCAUUAACCUAUUCUCAAGUGGUUUAGCUACCAUUCUGCCAUUUAAAUUUUAUUUGCUUGAGCACACUGAUCAACCACUGAACUGCCUUCUUCCAUUGUCCUACAAUGACUAUUUUUGUGUAUGUGGCUUUCAUAGUUGGGGUUGCAGAGCACUGACACCAGAUAUUUUCAGUUUGUUCUCUGGGGGAAUUUUAUUUGCAUCUAUGUUUUUAGCUAUCUGUGAUAACUUGUUAAAUAUUAAAAAGAUAUUUUGCUUCUAUUGAACAUUUGUAUACUCGCAACUAUAUUUCUGUAAACAGCUGCAGUCAAAAUAAAAAAAUUGAAAGUUUUCA